AUGGGAGACGUCGCCGUCGAGACUCCGGCGAACAACGUCACGCCUCACACCAAGGCAGCUCCAUUGGAUACGAUCCCCAACAUAGACUCCCUCGAAGGCACAGGAAACGAUGGAGGUGAUGAAUACGCCACCCUGAAGAGACUGCAGAGACACCUAGAGUACAUCCAGCUCCAGGAGGAGUACAUCAAGGAUGAGCAAAGGAGCUUGAAGAGAGAACUCGUCCGCGCGCAGGAGGAAAUCAAGCGGAUACAGAGCGUGCCUUUGGUUAUCGGCCAGUUUAUGGAAGCGAUCGAUCAGAAUACCGGUAUCGUGCAGUCGUCAACCGGCUCAAAUUACGUCGUCCGUAUCCUGUCCACGCUCGACCGCGAGAAGCUCAAGCCCUCAUCCUCGGUCGCACUCCACCGUCACUCCAAUGCCCUUGUUGAUAUCCUACCUCCGGAGGCGGACUCCUCUAUCGCUAUGCUGGGUGAGAAUGAGAAGCCCGAUGUGACGUAUGCAGAUGUUGGUGGGCUUGACAUGCAGAAGCAAGAGAUUAGGGAGGCAGUGGAGCUGCCUUUGACGCACUUUGACCUCUACAAACAGAUCGGUAUCGAUCCUCCUCGCGGUGUCCUCCUGUACGGUCCUCCCGGUACUGGUAAGACCAUGCUGGUCAAGGCAGUAGCAAACAGCACAACCGCCAGCUUCAUCCGUGUAAACGGAUCCGAGUUUGUUCAGAAAUAUCUAGGUGAAGGUCCUCGCAUGGUUCGCGAUGUUUUCCGCAUGGCUCGAGAGAACUCCCCGGCUAUUAUCUUCAUUGACGAGAUUGACGCCAUCGCCACGAAGCGUUUCGACGCCCAAACUGGUGCGGACCGUGAAGUGCAGCGUAUCUUGCUGGAACUUCUCAACCAGAUGGAUGGUUUCGAACAGACGAGCAAUGUCAAGGUUAUCAUGGCUACCAACAGGGCGGAUACUUUGGAUCCUGCCUUGCUACGUCCGGGUCGUUUGGAUCGGAAGAUCGAGUUCCCGUCCCUGCGGGACAGGCGUGAGCGCCGGUUGAUUUUCUCUACCAUAGCGUCUAAAAUGUCGCUUUCCCCCGAAGUCGACCUGGACUCGUUGAUCGUGCGCAACGAGCCCCUCUCGGGUGCGGUCAUUGCGGCUAUCAUGCAAGAGGCGGGUCUCCGCGCUGUCCGGAAGAACCGUUAUAACAUCAUCCAAUCCGAUCUCGAGGAUGCUUAUUCCGCCCAGGUCAAAACCGGACAGGAAGCAGAUAGGUACGGAACACUGUCUAUGCACCCUGCCAUCGAGACUCGGCUAACAAGGUACACAGACUUGAAUUCUACCGGUAAACCAAGCGAAGAGCGUGCUUUAAGCUGGAGAUCGGGUGGCUCAAGGCGGACAUGGGGGCAGUUAGCUGUAUUAUCAAAUCUAGGCUAUCAUAUAUUAGGACAACGACUGACGCAUUUGGGUAUUCCGCUGGAGUAG